UUAGCAACUCCUGGUCACCACUGCAAGUCAUUAAGCUUAGCUCCAAGGGGCAAAGCAAAGAAGAAGGCUAGCUAGCUCGAUCAAGCUAGACAUGGAGGUGGAGGCCGGCUCUCAUGCCGACACGGCGAGCAAGUUCACGCUGCCGGUGGACUCGGAGCACAAGGCCAAGUCCUUCAGGCUCUUCUCCUUCGCCAACCCCCACAUGCGCACCUUCCACCUCUCCUGGAUCUCCUUCUUCACCUGCUUCGUCUCCACCUUCGCCGCGGCGCCUCUCGUCCCCAUCAUCCGCGACAACCUCAACCUUGCCAAGGCCGACAUCGGCAACGCCGGGGUGGCGUCUGUGUCCGGGUCUAUCUUCUCCAGGCUCGCCAUGGGGGCCAUAUGCGACCUCCUUGGUCCGCGCUACGGAUGUGCCUUCCUCGUCAUGCUAUCAGCGCCAACCGUCUUUUGCAUGGCCGUCAUCGACGACGCGCCGGGGUACAUCGCCGUCCGGUUCCUCAUCGGCUUCUCCCUCGCCACAUUCGUGUCGUGCCAGUACUGGAUGAGCACCAUGUUCAAUAGUAAAAUCAUCGGCACGGUGAAUGGCCUCGCGGCCGGGUGGGGAAACAUGGGUGGCGGUGCUACGCAGCUCAUCAUGCCCCUUGUCUUCCAUGCCAUCCAAAAGUGUGGUGCAACACCCUUUGUGGCAUGGCGUAUCGCCUACUUUGUGCCGGGAAUGAUGCACAUUGUGAUGGGCUUGCUGGUGCUCACCAUGGGGCAAGAUCUUCCCGAUGGCAACCUUGCGAGCCUCCAAAAGAAGGGAGACAUGGCCAAGGACAAGUUCUCCAAGGUCCUUUGGGGUGCCGUCACUAACUACCGCACGUGGAUUUUCGUCCUCCUCUAUGGCUACUGCAUGGGCGUCGAGCUCACCACCGACAAUGUCAUCGCCGAGUACUACUACGACCACUUCCACCUUGACCUCCGUGCCGCCGGCACCAUUGCCGCUUGCUUCGGCAUGGCCAACAUCGUUGCACGUCCUAUGGGUGGCUACCUCUCCGACCUUGGUGCCCGGUACUUCGGAAUGCGUGCUCGCCUCUGGAACAUCUGGAUCCUCCAGACCGCUGGGGGAGCUUUCUGCAUCUGGCUCGGUCGUGCAUCUGCUCUUCCCGCCUCAGUGACUGCCAUGGUCCUCUUCUCUAUCUGUGCCCAGGCCGCAUGUGGUGCUGUCUUUGGUGUGGCACCAUUUGUUUCUAGGCGUUCCCUUGGCAUCAUCUCCGGGUUGACCGGCGCUGGUGGCAACGUGGGCGCGGGGCUCACACAGCUACUCUUUUUCACUUCAUCGCAAUACUCCACUGGCAGGGGUCUCGAGUACAUGGGCAUCAUGAUCAUGGCAUGCACGCUACCCGUCGCUCUUGUGCACUUUCCACAGUGGGGCUCCAUGUUCUUUCCGGCUAGCGCUGAUGCCACAGAGGAGGAAUACUACGCCUCUGAGUGGUCGGAUGAGGAGAAGAGCAAGGGUCUCCACAUCGCUGGCCAAAAGUUCGCCGAGAACUCCCGCUCAGAGCGCGGCAGGCGCAAUGUCAUCCUCGCCACAUCUGCCACGCCACCUAACAACACACCCCAACAUGCAUAAGAUCCAUUUUUUACCUAUCAAACAUACAGCUCACCGCAUAUAUAUACACACCGUAUAUAUGUACGCUUGCAACCCUAUGUAGUUCUGCCAGUAUAUGUUAGGCAACCUUUGUUCAUUUGUACGCAAUAAAUGUGUGUGUAUGCAUGCAAACGAGGGUUUGUACUAACAAAGUCGCCCCAAAUUACAUGAAUAGUUUUGAAA